AUGCAGCCAUCAGCCAUCACAGCUGGCACUUCCCUAUGGUAUGCUGACUAUGUGAACUUCAUUGUAAGUGGGGUGACUCCAUCAGAGUUAUCUCCGUAUGAGGAGGAGAUGGAAGCAAUUUUACAUGAUUUUCAUGCAUCACCAUAUGGGGGGCACCAUGGUGGAGACAAAACAGCUACAAAGUUGUUGCAGUCAGGAUUCUACUGGCCCAAGCUAUUCAAGGAUGCACAUGCUUUUGUGAAAAGAAGUGAUAGGUUCCAAAGGAUGGGAACAAUUUCGAGAAGGCAUGAGAUGUCAUUGAAGGGCAUACUUGAGGUCGAAAUCUUCGAUGUUUGGGGAAUAGACUUCAUGGGGCCGUUUCCAGCAUCAAAUGGUCAUCGGUACACCUUGGCUGCAGUUGACUAUGUGUUAAAUUGGGUUGAGGCUGUGGUUCUGCCUACGAAUGAUGUUAAGGUAGUGGCGAGAUUUGGAACUCUGCGUGCUUUGAUCAAGGAUGGAGAUACUCACUUUUGUAAUAAACUGUUGGGAAACAACUUAGCUAAGUAUGGGGUGAGACACAAGGUCGCAACUUCUUAUCAUCCGCAAAUCAGUGGUCAAGCAGAGGUCUCAAAUAGGGAGGUGAAGCAAAUUUUGGAGAAGACAGUGAGCGCAAGUAGGAAGUAUUGGGCUAGCAAUCUAGAUGACGCUCUAUGGACAUAUCGCACGGCAUACAAAACUCCAAUUAGAGCUUUGCCAUACAGGUUGGUUUAUGGAAAGGCUUGUCACUUGCCUGUUGAGAUUGAGCACAAGGCAUAUUGGGCAAUCAAGAAGCUCAACUUUGAUAUGGAUCUAGCUGGGGAAAAAUGGACGUUGCAACUAAAUGAGCACCAAGAGUUUCAACUACAUGCAUAUGAGUAUGCGAAGUUGUAUAAAGAGAAAAUAAAGGGAUGGCAUGACAAACACAUUUUGCACCGUGAGUUCGAACCGGAUCAACCAGCUCUAUUGUUCAAUUCAAGGUUGUAG